AUGUCUUUUCGUGGAAGAGGAGGUGGAGGAGGACGAGGAGGAGGAAGAGGAGGUGGCUUCAAUCGUGGAGGUGGUGGCGGUGAUCGAGGUGGCUUUAAUCGCGGCGGACGAGGUGGCUUCGGACGAGGAGGUGGACGAGGAGGCUUCAACAGAGGCGGAUACGACCAGGGGCCUCCAGAAAGGGUCGUGCUGUUGGGAGAGUUCAUGCACCCCUGCGAAGAUGACAUCGUUUGUAAGUGUAAAACGGAAGAAAACAAGGUGCCUUAUUUCAAUGCCCCCGUGUACUUGGACAAUAAGGAGCAGAUUGGCAAAGUGGAUGAAAUCUUCGGGCAGCUGAGAGAUUUUUAUUUUUCAGUGAAACUGUCCGAGAACAUGAAAGCCUCUUCAUUUAAAAAAAUGCAAAAGUUCUACAUUGAUCCAGCAAAGCUGCUGCCCCUUCAGAGGUUCUUGCCGAGGCCACCUGGAGAAAAAGGUGCUCCCAGAGGAGGUGGUAGAGGAGGACGUGGAGGAGGAAGAGGCGGUGGCAGAGGUGGAUUUGGAGGAGGAAGAGGUGGAGGAAGAGGAGGAUUCAGAGGAGGAAGAGGUGGAGGAGGAGGAUUCAGAGGAGGACGAGGUGGUGGAGGAGGCUUUCGGGGUUCACUACGUGCACGUUCGUCAGUGUGA